GAAAGAAACGGGAGUAGCAUAAGGCGCGGGCAAGCGGCGGCGGCGACGACAGCAGCGGCGGCCACGGCGGCAGCAGCAGCAGCAGGGAAAGGAGGAGGAGGAGGAGGAGAAGAGGAGGAGGAGGAAAGGGGAAGGAGAGCCGGAGUAGCCGCAGCCGCGGAGGAAAAAGAGGAGGAGGAAAGAAAAAGAGGCGAGGAAAAAGGAAAGAAAGAAGAACUGGGAGGAGGAGAAAGAAAAGAGAAGAAGAAGGGAAGCAGCCGACGGCCCAAGAGGAGCGAAGCCGAGCGCAGGAGAGAAGACGCCGGGAGAGACUUCCGAUUUGGAGGGAGGGAGGAAGAGGGGGUGCGUGUGUGUGUGUGUGUGUGCCUGGGAGCGCGCGCGGGUGCGUGAGCGCGUGGAGGGUGCGUGUGUGAGUGGGAGUGCGCGCGCGUGUGGUUUUUGUUUGGCUCCUUCCAUCUCCCCCCCCCCGUCUCCCUCUCGCUCCCCCCCCUCUCUCCUCCUCCUCCUCCUCCUCCUCCUUCUUCCCCGGUUGAUGUUUCUACAGCUUCGCCAAACUCCGAGCGGGGCAUCUGAUCGAAACCCCGCCAGGAGCAGGAACCAGGCCGGGUCCGCGGGCCGGCGUGCCGAGCGUGGGAUCUUCCGGGGCUCGCCUGCGCCUCCUGCGAGCAGCUCCGGGCUUUCUCCCGGCUUGCUUUCCAUGGCUUUUCUGAAUGGCUGACUGCGGGCUUGGCUGGAUCUGGCCCCCAGACCCCCGCCUCUGUUCUUGCAACUCGGGUCGGCUUCAAGAGAGAGGGAGGGAGGGAGGGAGGGACCUUUGAAGGGGAUCGCUCGCGCGCUCUCUCUCUUUCUCUCUCUCUCUCUCCAGCCGCCCCCCUUUUGUAAUUUUUUUUUUACUUUUCUUCCUCUUUUGCUAACAGACAAUCUCCCUCCUCGUCGCCUCUCUCUCUCUUUUUUUUCCCCUUUUCCUUUUUUCCCCCCUCUCGUCCGCUUUCCCCUUUUCCUUCCUCAACCCACUUUCCGGUGCCUGUCCGCCGCGUGCUUGCGUGUGUGUGUGUGUGUGUGUGUGUGCUUCCCGCAUUUAUUGACUCUUUUGCAAUUGCACGGGGGAGCCGUACCACCUUUUCUACCACUCCCCCCUCCACCGAAAGCAUUAAAUUAAAACUGAACGAAAGGACCGGCAAAGCGGGGGGAGGGGGGAGAGCACCCAACGAGCGAGCGAAAGGGGGAAAUUAACAGAAAACCACCUCCGCCGCCGAUUACAACGCGCCCCUUUCUACUCCAGAGCAACUUCCAGCCAAGCAAAUAAGAAUAACUUGCCAGCGUGAACUGCGAGAGGAAAAAGGCCGGAGGGGGAACAAAUAAACUGAAAUAAAAGUGGACCCCCUUCCUCUUUAGACCGGCACAGCUCGCCCCGGCUCCAACGGCAGGCGCAACCGGCCGGAGACGCGGAUCCGGCGGCCACAGCAAGCGACGGGGGGGCGCGCGAUUUGGCCACGGUGUCCCUUAGAUAUGGCAAUGGUAGUGGGCGCCUGGCGAGACCCGCAGGACGAUGUGACCGGCCCGCAAGGAACGCAGCCUUCGCAAGCGCCCCCCGUGCCGGGACCCCCGACGGGCGCCCCCCACACCCCGCAGACACCGGGCCAAGGAGGGCCCCCCAGCACCCCGGUGCAGACCAACCCGGGCAGCCAGCAAACUCAAGGGGAGAAGCAGCAGCAGCAGCAGCACAUCGAAUGCGUGGUGUGCGGGGAUAAGUCCAGCGGCAAACACUACGGGCAAUUUACGUGUGAAGGCUGCAAGAGUUUCUUCAAGCGCAGCGUCCGGAGGAACCUUAGCUACACGUGCCGCGCGAACCGGAACUGCCCCAUUGACCAGCAUCACCGCAACCAGUGCCAAUAUUGUCGCCUCAAGAAAUGCCUGAAGGUUGGCAUGAGACGGGAAGUUUCUUUUUUAUUCACUGCAGCCGUCCAGAGGGGCAGAAUGCCACCCACACAGCCGACCCACGGCCAGUUCGCCUUAACCAACGGGGACCCGCUGAACUGCCACUCGUACCUCUCCGGAUAUAUUUCUCUCUUGCUGCGGGCAGAGCCUUACCCGACCUCUCGCUUCGGCAGCCAGUGCAUGCAGCCCAACAACAUUAUGGGGAUCGAGAACAUUUGCGAGCUGGCCGCCCGGAUGCUUUUCAGCGCGGUGGAAUGGGCUCGGAACAUUCCUUUCUUCCCCGACCUGCAGAUCACCGACCAGGUAGCCCUCCUGAGGCUCACCUGGAGCGAAUUGUUUGUCCUCAACGCCGCCCAGUGCUCCAUGCCUCUCCACGUCGCCCCGCUCUUGGCAGCCGCCGGCCUCCACGCCUCGCCCAUGUCCGCCGACCGCGUGGUCGCCUUUAUGGACCACAUACGCAUUUUCCAGGAGCAGGUGGAGAAGCUCAAAGCCCUGCACGUGGACUCGGCGGAAUACAGCUGCUUGAAGGCGAUUGUCCUCUUCACCUCAGAUGCGUGUGGUCUAUCGGACGUAGCGCAUGUUGAAAGUUUACAGGAGAAGUCCCAAUGCGCCCUGGAGGAGUACGUGAGGAGUCAGUAUCCUAACCAGCCCACCCGUUUUGGGAAACUGUUGUUACGCCUCCCUUCUCUUCGCACGGUCUCUUCCUCGGUCAUAGAGCAAUUGUUUUUCGUCCGUUUGGUAGGUAAAACCCCCAUAGAGACCCUUAUCAGAGAUAUGCUACUAUCCGGAAGCAGUUUUAACUGGCCGUAUAUGGCCAUCCAGUAAAGGAGAAAAAAAAAAGGGGGGGGGAAAUAAUAUGUUGGCGAGAGGAGAAAAAAAAAUAAUAAUUCCACAGAUCAGAAAAUUGGACAAAGCAAAACAAAACAAAACAACAAAAAAAAUGGAAAAUUUGGAACAGAGGAAUGGAGAGUGACAUUGGGUCUGGCGGUUGUGUAAACGUCCUUCAGUUAAGCGAGAAUGUCACAUCUUGGCUAAAAAAGAAGAGAGGAGAAUAAUUUGAAUGGACUAUGGAUUUUUUUAAAAAAAAGAGAGACUUGUUCAAUGGACUUUUUACACAAUGCAUUAAAAUUCCCUUGUCUUUCACAAGUUACUAUUUCUAUCUUUCUCUCUGUCUUGAACAAAAUUAUUUUUCUUUCUUUCUUUCUUUCUUUCUUUCUUUCUUUCUUUCUUUCUUUCUUUCUUUUGAGGGGGUGUUAAAACUUCGAAAUGCAAUCUCUCAAAGUGCAUUUUUAAACAAGCAAACCUGUAGAAAAUUAACAUAAUGGGAAAAAUUCUCUUUCUCCCCCCCCCCCCAGUCUCUCUCUGUCUCUCUCUCUCUCCAAAUUAUUGAUUUGUCCAACAUUGUCUGUGUACACCUAUAGGAUUUUGUUUUGGUUUUUUUUUUAAAAAAAAAAAAAAAUUCUGGUUCCAAACCAGUUUAUUCUGUGGUUCUAUAAUAAUUUUGAUAUAAUCUUGGUUUCAUUUUUCUUUUCUUUUUAAAGAACUGUGUAUCCUUUAAAAAGUAUAUGUUCUGAAAGAAUUAAAACUGUCUUGGAAAGGUUUCUGAGAAGAACAUAAAAUUGGGAAUAAAGACACCCCCACCCCAAAAUAAUUCUAGAAAGAUGGAAGCGCACUUAAAUCCGGUCAGCCAAAAAUUUAGCUUCAAGCUACAGCAACUAUAAUUAUAGCUUUUUUUAAAGUGAACCACGAUCAACCUGCCUCUAGCCUGUCUGCUGGGAGAUGUAUGUGUAUAUAUAUGUGUGUGCAUGUGUGUUAUGUAUAUACAAUGCACACAUAUAUACACACACAAAAACACAUAAAUGCAUAUAUGGCAAAAUAUGGAUUUUAGAAGGGAAUUGUGUAUUUUUUUGGAGGGAGAUUGUGUGUGUCCAAGACACAAGAUGAUUUUGGUAAAAACAUGCAUACAUAUAUGUACACAGAAAAUCACAGAGAGACUCAUCACAAAGUUACCUUUUUUGUAAUUUGAAUGAAAUUGGGUUCCGCCUAGUUGUCCUAAAUUGUUUCUGAGUUCCUCUAUCUGUUUGUAUAUUUGCAAGCUCUUUGUAUUAUACUUGUUGAUAUUUUCCCUUUUUUUAAAGAAAAAGAAAAAAACCCAUUGAAUUCAGCAUGACAAAAAAAAAUAACACUACUGUUGGCACUUAUAGAUAAUGUGGUUGAUUCAGUACCUUAGAGUUUACAGUUUUUUGUGUUUUAAAGAAAAAAAACUGAAGGUUUUUUUUUAAGUGCAACAUUUCUGUAUACUGUAAAAGUUAUAAUAACUGAAAACUGUUUGGUCCAGUCUUUGUGUGUUAUAUUCCAAGGAAAAAAAUUGAAAGUAUUCAGAAAUUAAAAUAUUAUUUGAUAUCUGA